AUCUCCUCCAAACAUCCACCACCACUUCAUUAAACCCAUCUUCCAACAUACACCCCUCCACACCCUCACACAUCUUUACAAUGAACCAACAAUGUCCACCCCCCUCCUCCGCCUAAUCCAAUCCGCAACCACCAAAUCCCGACCCACCAACAACCAACUCUACACCCUCCAAAUAUCCUGUCACGUAAAGCCAAACGCCUCAAGCAACCGCGAAGGCAUAACCUCUAUUGCAGCAGACAGGGUAGAUGUAUGCGUCGCAGCAGUACCCAGGAAAGGCGAGGCAAAUGCAGCCGUGUCGCGUGUUAUGGCGCAGAUCUUCCAAGUCCCCAAAUCCAACGUAGAAGUGAUCCGUGGAUUAAAGUCCCGAGAAAAGACCCUUGCUAUUUCGGAGCUGGAUAUUGGGAAGCACAGCGAAGAUGAGUAUUUACAGAGGGCGCGGGGGAUAUUAGAGAGGGCUGUUAUGCAGAAAUGA